UUUUAGAGAUGGAACGGUGGGUUUAAAAACCAAGAAACUUUCUUAAACCCUCCCAAACCUCUUCUUCAUCCCUCCCUCCCCCGUCGCUCUCAUCCGUACCACACAAAAGCUCGAUCGCCAUGGGCAUACCUCAAGACUCCUUGCCCCAUCCUCCUCCCAACAACAGCAAGAAGCAGCAACAACGGUCUCGCAAUAGCAAGCAGAUGGACAUUGAUAAAGAACUCCUCGGCGCCCCAAUCAAAUCCGCCAAGGACAAAUUCGCACUCAUCCCUGAAUUUCUCAAGGUGAGAGGGCUGGUUAAGCAGCAUUUGGAGUCGUUUAAUUACUUUGUCAACAUUGGAAUCAAGAAAAUUGUGCGGGCCAAUGACAUGAUUGUGUCUGGCGUCGACCCAAGCAUUUGGCUCAGGUUUAAUAAUAUCUAUAUUGAUAAGCCCUCAUCGACAACUGAUGGUGUGACUACCGAAAUUGCUCCCCAUACAUGUCGUUUGUCUGAUAUAACGUAUUCUGCUCCAAUAAGAGUUGAUGUAGAGUACGUUGAAGGAAGUCAUGAUCAAAAGAUGACAAGGACCAAACAAGGUGUCGAAAUUGGAAGAAUGCCCAUUAUGUUGCGGAGUUGCUGCUGCAUCUUAAAUGGAAAAACUGAAUCUGAACUUGCAGUACUUGGUGAAUGCCCACUUGAUCCUGGAGGGUAUUUUAUUGUCAAAGGAAAUGAGAAGGUGCUUUUGAUACAAGAACAACUUUCCAAAAACAGGAUUAUCAUUGACAUGGAUAAGAAGGGAAACGUAAAUGCUUCUGUUACAAGCAGCUCAGAGACAAUUAAAAGCAAGACCAUAAUUCAGAUGGAAAAACAGAAGAUCUAUUUGGAACUGAAUCAAUUUUCUAAAAAGAUUCCUAUAAUGGUUGUUAUGAAGGCUAUGGGAAUGACUAGUGAUCAAGAAGUUGUACAGAUGGUUGGAAGAGAUCCUCGAUAUGGUGCCCUGCUCAUGCCAUCCAUUGAGGAAUGCGCAAAUGAAGGUAUAUAUACAAAAGAGCAAGCAGUGCAGUAUCUAGAACCAAAGGUGAAGAGGAUGAUGUUUGAUAAUGUUUCAUCUGAUAAGGAGAGUAGAGUAAUGAAACUUCUUCGAGAUGUAUUUAUUGCUAAUGUUCCGGUACACGGGUCCAACUUUCGGCCAAAAUGCAUAUAUGUUGCUGUCAUGUUAAGGCGCAUAAUGGAUGCAUAUUUAAACAAGGAUGCGAUGGAUGACAAGGAUUAUGUUGGGAACAAGAGGCUUGAGCUGUCUGGGCAAUCUAUAUCCCUUCUGUUUGAGGAUCUGUUCAAGACAAUGAUCACUGAGGUUAGGAAGACUGUAGACACUGUACUAGCAAAGCCUAGCAGGUCUAGUCGUUUUGACUUGUCUCAGUAUAUUCGCAGAGAAAGUAUCACACAUGGCCUUGAAAGAACCCUUUCCACCGGAAACUUUGACCUCAAACGGUUCAAAAUGCACAGGACAGGGAUGACACAGGUGCUAGCUAGGUUAUCUUUCAUUGGGUCUCUAGGCCAUAUGACCAGAACAAAACCACAGUUUGAGAAGUCACGAAAAGUGAGUGGACCAAGAGCCUUGCAACCUAGCCAGUGGGGCAUGCUUUGCCCUUGUGACACUCCAGAAGGUGAAGCAUGUGGACUUGUAAAAAACUUAGCCCUGAUGACCCAUGUGACAACUGAUGAGGAGGAGGGCCCUUUAAUAUCUCUGUGCAAAUGCCUGGGUGUUGAAGAUUUGGAAACACUAUCUGCAGAGGAGCUGCACUCACCAAAUUCUUUUCUGGUUAUAUUCAAUGGAGACAUCCUUGGAAAGCACAGGAAGCCACAGCGUUUUGCCACUGUGAUGAGAAAGUUGCGUAGAGCUGGAAAGAUUGGAGAGUUUGUUAGUGUGUUUGUCAAUGAGAAGCAGCAUUGUGUUUACGUUGCCUCUGAUGGUGGUCGAGUUUGUCGGCCUCUGGUUAUUGCUGACAAGGGCAUUCCACGAGUCAAAGAAUACCACAUGCAGGAGCUGAGUGCUGGGGUGCUGAAUUUUGGUGACUUCUUAAGUGACGGGUUGAUCGAGUAUCUUGAUGUUAACGAGCAGAAUAAUGCUUUGAUUGCUUUAUACGAAGAUGAGGCAACAACAGAAACAACUCAUAUAGAAAUAGAGCCUUUCACCAUCUUAGGUGUUAUCGCCGGGCUAAUUCCGUAUCCUCACCACAAUCAGUCGCCUAGAAAUACAUACCAGUGUGCAAUGGGGAAGCAAGCAAUGGGGAAUAUUGCAUACAAUCAGCUGCGUCGGAUAGACUUGCUUUACUUACUGGUGUAUCCUCAACGUCCACUGUUGACAACAAAGACCAUUGAGCUGGUGGGCUUUGAUAAACUUGGAGCCGGGCAGAAUGCAACUGUUGCUGUGAUGAGUUAUAGUGGCUAUGACAUAGAGGAUGCCAUUGUCAUGAACAAGGCAUCUCUGGAUCGCGGCUUUGGUCGUUGUAUUCUUAUGAAAAAGAGUGUUGUCGCCAAUCAAAAUUAUCCCAAUAACACACAAGACAGAAUAGCAAAGCCAAGUAAAGCAGAAGUUGAUUCUGGAAAGACGCGGAUUCUCGAUGAUGAUGGUAUUGCUGCACCUGGGGAAAUUAUUACAACAGAUGACAUCUAUGUAAAAAAGCAGGUCCCUCUUGUCACAACGGGGCCUAUAAGAUCGGGGUUAAAGGACAGUGAGUAUAGGACUUCCCUUCAAAAAUAUAAAGGCCCUGAUGGGGAGUCUUGUGUGGUGGAUAAAGUUGCUCUGUUUUCUGAUACACAUAAUAAUUUAUGUGUUAAAUUAUUGAUUCGCCAUACUCGUAGACCGGAGGUUGGUGACAAGUUCAGUAGCAGACAUGGGCAGAAAGGUGUUUGUGGUACAAUUGUUCAGCAGGAGGAUUUCCCAUUUUCUGAACGUGGCAUCUGCCCUGAUUUAAUCAUGAACCCUCAUGGAUUUCCAAGCCGAAUGACUGUUGGAAAGAUGAUUGAGCUUCUUGGGGGUAAAGCAGGAGUUUCAUGUGGUAGGUUUCAUUAUGGUAGUGCCUUUGGUGAACCAAGUGGUCAUGCAGACAAGGUCGAGGCUAUAAGUGAAACCCUUGUGAGGAUGGGAUUUAGCUACGACGGCAAAGACUUCAUAUGCUCAGGAAUCACAGGUUGCCCAUUGCAAGCAUAUAUAUUCAUGGGACCAAUUUAUUACCAGAAAUUAAAACAUAUGGUCCUAGAUAAAAUGCAUGCACGUGGUAGUGGUCCGAGAGUCAGUCUAACUAGACAGCCUACUGAGGGAAAAGCUCGUGAUGGAGGACUACGGGUAGGAGAAAUGGAGCGUGAUUGCCUGAUUGCUUAUGGUGCCAGUAUGUUGCUAUAUGAGCGCCUAAUGCUCUCUAGUGAUCCUUUUGAAGUUCAGGUCUGCAGAGUGUGUGGUUUGUUGGGUUAUUACAACCACAAGAUAAAAGCUGGAAUUUGUUCCUCGUGCAAAAAUGGGGAUAAUAUCUCUACCAUGAAGCUUCCCUAUGCUUGCAAGCUCCUGAUCCAGGAACUCCAGUCGAUGAACAUUGUUCCCCGCUUAAAACUAGCUGAGGCUUGAAAUAUGGUUUUUGACAAUGUGUCUACGAAUGUGGAAGUGAAGGAUCUGAUUUCAUGGUUUUGCACAUACUGCUUCAGAUUGGCAUUUGGUAAGUAUGUUCCAAUAUUGUAGUCAAAAGGUAUACAGAGAACGUAUUGCUGGGCCGAUACCCCUUCUAUUUUCUCCUUUAUUAGAUAGAUGUCUGGAAUGACAAGAAAUUUGUGGGUGUAUUUUCCAAUGGUGUCUUUGUACUACGGUUCUACCUUUCUGUAAUUUAAAUUGGUAUUAUUGGAUGACUACUGUAAAUGCAUUUCAUUGCUAAAGAAGUUGAUAUAAA